AUGGGGAACCACCUGACGGAGAUGGCGCCCACCCCCUCCUUCCUGCCCCAUUUCCAGGCCCUGCACGUCGUGGUCAUCGGGCUGGACUCGGCUGGAAAGACCUCCCUCCUCUACCGGCUCAAGUUCAAGGAGUUUGUCCAGAGCGUCCCCACCAAAGGCUUCAACACGGAGAAGAUCCGGGUGGCCCUGGGAGGGUCUCGGGGCAUCACCUUCCAGGUGUGGGACGUGGGCGGGCAGGAGAAGCUGCGGCCGCUCUGGCGCUCCUACACCCGCCGGACCGACGGGCUGGUGUUCGUGGUGGACGCCGCCGAGGCCGAGCGGCUGGAGGAGGCGAAGGUGGAGCUGCACCGGAUCAGCCGGGCCUCUGACAACCAGGGCGUGCCUGUGCUGGUGCUGGCCAACAAGCAGGACCAGCCCGGGGCGCUGAGCUCUGCCGAGGUGGAGAAGAGGCUGGCGGUGCGCGAGCUGGCCGCGGCCACGCUCACCCACGUGCAGGCCUGCAGCGCCGUGGACGGGGUGGGCCUGCAGCCCGGCCUGGAGCGCCUGUACGAGAUGAUCCUCAAGAGGAAGAAAGCGGCCCGGGGAAGCAAGAAGAGACGGUGA